GGUCGCCAUGUUGGCGAAGCUGUUUGUUGUCUUGUUGAGUUAUCUCCUGUUAGUGUUUCUUGCCGCUCGAAUCUUCGAAAUUUCAUCGACAUGGCUGAAAGCUGGGUGUUUGGCGAGUCAGUUAUUGAGCCCGUUCACUCUAAGUGUUAGAAAACUGAAAGCGAUUUUGGAAGAAAGGGGCGUUAGUUACACCGGUUUGGUGGAGAAGAAAGAGCUUGCCGAAUUAGUCGAAGCUUGUGGAACGUUGACAGGGGCCGAAAGCUGCUCUAUUAGCGCCGAAAGUUCUGGAGAUAACAAAGAGGAAAGCAACGAGCUGCAGUUCACUGGAGCAUCUCAUUUCUUUGAAGAAGUAGAAGAUACCAAAGCCGGGACAUGGUUGGUUGAUGUCAUACCUGAAGGCCACUCGUCUUUGCUUCGAAGGAAGCAAUGGUUGGCCCUCCGAAGAAAGAUCGUUCGAUUUGGUAUUCGAAUUGGAACAUUUAAUUGUGGCAAUGAUCCGAGAUUGUGCAUUAAGUAUGGUUGGAAAGAGCCAUCCCUCGCUAUUUCUAUGCCUCAGGGAAAUCAACCCAAGGGUAACGUCAUUUUAAAAACAUACGAUUCGAGACCUUCGGUGGAACUCGUGUUCAGGUGGAUUAGCAAAGAGCUCUCUUUGAAAAUAGAAACAUUUGACAGAGUAGAAGAAUUUUCUGAAACGUUUAAAGCGAAAAUAGAAGAAAAUCCUGUCUAUGUCCUAUUAUUCACGACAUUACCAGAACCUCCCUUAUACCUUGCAUCCCUUUCAGUUCAGUUUACGGGAAGAGUUCGAUUUGGACACGUACGAGCAUUCGAUUGGACGAGAGAAAAACAUAUCCUGAAAAAUUACAGCAUAGAUAAAUUUCCAAGUCUUAUGAUAUUUACACCAGAGGGGAAUUUGACGUACGGUCAUAGAAAAGGAGAGUGGGUAAGAUAUCAUAAUCUUGAAUUAUUUCUUAAAACACUACAUCCAGAUGUGAACGAUGUAUUCGUGACAGUGUUCCUGAUGAUGAAUAUGAGCUGUUUUAUGGCUUUAUUCAUAAUAAAUGGAGGCAUAUUGAAGAGAUUUAUUCACUUUGUAUGGCUCCUGAUAUUUUAUAAUACCAGUCUUAUAAUCCUGUGCCUUCCAGUCCUUGCAAUGUUGCAACUGCCAUGUCUGACUCCACUUCUGGAUUUUGCCCUGAAAUACUCCAGAUAUGCUAUGACAUCAGAUGCUGCAGCAAUUAUGAGAAAUUACUUAUUCUUUGCAUUACAACACAAGUGGUUUCUGUAUGGGGGAUAUUUAUUCUAUGGUAUGCUGAUAUGGUGGGUGCAGAGGAGAAUUAGAUGGUAUAGUGGAUAUGAGAAUGAACAUGACAGUGCUACAUCUAUCACAGAGUGGUUAACUCAAGAUCUCCACUCCUUAACAAAUGUUGUUCAGACAUUUCCCUAUUUGGGACAUUCACGAAUAGACUACAGCCUUUUAGGUCUGGAGGAUGGAUUUGAACCCCUUAUGCGACGCCUUGCAGUCCCUGAACUGUGGCUCCAUCCCAUAAUUCCCACUGAAUAUCUUAACAGCCUCCCAGUGUGGAAAUUCCGUCAUUCCCAGGUGAAUCAUUGCUGUGAUGACAAACAGGAGAAUUGCACAAGCAAGUGUAACUCUUGUUGCAAAGAAUCUGUAAAACCACCAGGGAUGUUAGUGGCACAAGACUGUUCAAUAUGUCUGGAGGAUUUCAAUAGUGGCUGCAUGUUACUUGGCCUCCCUUGUGGCCACUGUUACCAUCAGAAAUGUAUUGAAGAGUGGCUCUGUGGGGGGAAUUCCAGUUGUCGCUAUUGCUGUCCUGUGUGUCGCUGGCCAGCUUUCAAGCAAAAGCCACUGGCCUUAAGAGAAAACCUCACAAGAAAUCAAGCACAAGAGACAAAUGUUUGAGUAUCUUAGGCAUUAUCAGACAUCCCACUGAUGUUUGUAGCUUUAAUUAGUAUCAGUAACAGUAGUAAUAUUUAGUAACAGGUAAUAACAGUUUUAAAAUGCUGUAUUUUUUCUGUAUUUCAACCCUAAAGCCACAUGGUAAUUUACAGGAAUGGGAGAUUGUUGAAAAUUCUUCAAAUUUCAAAAGUCUUUUGAUCUUUCUUUUUUUUUUAAUAUUUAUUUCUUUUUGAGCUUCAACUAUUUUUCCAAGCUAUUAAGGACUUCUGACAAUUACCCAAGAUAAAAAAUUGCACUUUCUCCCACAUGUUUAAUUUCAGUUUAUGAGACUAAUCGUGAUAAAAAUGAGUUACAAAUGCUUUCACUCCUCAGUUUUUAAAAUUCAUUUACUCCUUUACUUCCUUUUACAGCCUAGCAUAUUUUGUUGUAGCAAUUUAAUUUGGGAAUUGUUUUCAACCCAUUCAAAAUUUAUACAAGGACUAGACACUAUGGGAGUGAAACAUGAAAUAGCAAUAAGGUCACCUUUCUCUUUUCUGUAUAGUUUUAGAUAUGCUUUUACUUAUCAGAUUAUUAGACUUUGAAUCUGUUCAGAUUUGACUCCGUUAUUUAUAGUUUUCCUUUAGUAUAAGGUCUUAAAAUACAGUACUUUGGUUUGAUCCCAUCAGCCCUUGCGCUGAGUUUAAAUGUUUUUAUUGAAAGUUGUCUAUUCAGGACAUUAGUAGGCAACUGAUUUCAAAUUUGACUGAUUGCAGAGUAUGUCAAUGAUUUUUAAUAACUGUAACCCCUUAAACUCGACUGGCUUCUAAUUUCUCCUCAUAGUAUCAUCUUAAAUCAAGUAUAAGGCCACGAGGAUGAAGAAAAUGAUUUUUUUUACCACAAUUAGCUGCAAUGUGGCAAUUUGAUUGGCCAAUUUGCCUUUAUUUAUAAGGAUACAGACAAUGCUGCUUGCAUCAACAUGUCACGCAACUUGUCAUGCAUUGGAAGGAUCCUUUUAUUUGAUGUUGAUAUUGUGAUGAAAAACAAAUUGACAGUGGGUUAGCCUGGUCUGUAAUCAUAUUGAUAAGGAUAUUUGUCAUCAUGGUGGUCAAAAUUUGUUCUGGACUCAUGUGGCGCAGCUGAGUGAGUCCACAACGUUUUGACCUCUGUGAUGAUGAAUAUUGUUGUCGUUAAGUGUAAAGACCAUGCUAAAUCACUGUUCAAUCAAUUUAAAGAGCUCCUAAUUGUCCAACAAAUUCUCCUUGUUACUACCAUAGGAAAUGUAAAGAGAACAGUGUGGAUGAUAAUAAUACUAAUAAUAAUAAUAAUAAUAAUUUGGCAAUGGACAUUUCAUUGGAUGGCUCUUCUUGUCAACUGUUUCCAGAUUGAAUUGGAAUUUGGAAUGUAGGUUUAUGUGGAGGGAGGAAAACUGGAGGACCCGAAGAAAAACCCUCAGCAAGGACAAGAACCAACAACAGACUCAACCCACAAGUGACACCGGGUUUGGUAGUUGAACCCAGGCCACAGCUGUGGGAGGUGAGUGCUCUCACCACUGUGCCAUCCCUGCUAGUGCUAGGGUGUAAAGGGUUUAGAGGAUUAUGACCAUUUGGAAACAGUAUGGUACACAAUACAGUUAACAAACAUAGACAAAAAAGUCAAAUGUACAAUUUUGUUGUUUACUUAAAAGUUGCUUUAACCUCUUGAAAGGGAAAAAGGUUGAGGGUAAUUAAAACUGAGAAACAGGCAUGCCGUUGAGGAAAAUAAUUUCUUUUACUUAUUACAUGGGAAACUUGAAUGUGUAAUCACUGGCAGCUUGAAAAUAAAGUAAACCAAUUUUGUUGGGAACAAAACUUAAAAAAACCA